CCGAGGACACGCCAAGUUAUCAAACUGGAUUUUGUUAAAGUAAAUAAAUAGGCCGGAUUUUUUGGAUUUUACAGUACAUGGUACUGUAACGACUUGGAACGAAAAGGACUCUUCUCUUUUUUAAGUAAUGCAAGCAGCAGUGAUGGAGGAAUCUAACGCAACCAACAUUGAGCAACCAAUCGCCCUGAACAAUGGCCAAGAGCAGGUGUCCAACGAGCAACCGUCAUCGCCCACUUCGGUGGCCACGCCCACUAGCACCAAUAGCGGCACUGGCAAUGCCACGCCUGCCUUUAGCUAUGAUGAUCUUUUCCCAGCCUUGCCGGCAAAUACAUCAGCAUCCGUACCGCUAUCCAAUUCGGCUGGUCCGGCCAUAGCGCGCGUGACGAGCUCGCAAAAGACGCAGGUGUUGCACGUGCCCGGUGAGGAGCGCAAGUCUACGGAAUCGGAGAAAUUUGGCGAGGGCGAGUCGAAGCGCAUUUGCCAGCAGAUCACGAAGGAGACAGGCGCUCAGAUUGAAAUCGCUAGUGGAAAGAAUCAGUCGCUCACCUUCCUAAUCAAGGGCAAGCAGAGUGAAUUGCUUGACGCUCGUCGCAAGAUCUUGAUGAGCUUCUCGGCGCAGGCAAGUCGCCAGGUUAGCAUCCCCAAGGAGCAUUAUCGCGUCAUUCUGGGCAAACGAGGCGAGCGUGUGCGCGAACUGGAGCGCCUCACCUCGACGCGCAUCAAUAUUCCGAAUCAGGGUGAUGAGAGCGAUUUUAUAACCAUUGCCGGCACCAAGGAGGGCAUUGAAAAAGCCGAGCAGGAGAUUCGGCAAUUGUCCGCGGAGCAAUAUAAGAAAUCGUCAGAUCGCACGACUGUGCCGAAAAUCUACCAUCCGUUUAUUGUGGGUCCCUCCAAUGAGAAUCUGAACAAGUUGCAGGAGGAAACCGGUGCCAAGAUUAAUGUGCCGCCGCAGCAGGUUCAGAAGGAUGAGAUCAUUAUUUCGGGCGAAAAGGAUGCAGUUGCUGCCGCCAAGGCGAAGGUUGAGGCCAUCUACAAGGAGAUGGAGAAAAAGUGCUCUACGGUGAGCGUUGAGGUGGCCAAGCCGCAGCAUCGCUACGUCAUCGGACCUAAGGGCGCAACCAUCGCCGAGAUUCUUCAACUCACUGGAGUGUCUGUUGAAAUGCCGCCCAACGAUUCACCAUCGGAGACAAUUACUCUACGUGGGCCCCAAGUAGCUUUGGGCAAUGCCCUCACUGUGGUUUACCAGAAAGCGAAUUCGGUGAAGUCGGUGGAGAUUAAAGCACCACAUUGGACCCACAAGUACGUCAUCGGUCGCAAAGGUGUCAACAUGAAGCAGCUGGAGGAAGAUUGCCCCAAUGUGAAUGUUAACUGUCUGGAAGACAAGAUCAAGUUGGAAGGCGACCCCGAGAAUGUGGACAAGGCCAUGAGCUAUUUGACCGAGAUUAUUCGUAACUACGAGCAGAACUUCACGUACGUUGUUAUGACAGUCAAUCCCUCGUACUACAAGCACAUUAUUGGCAAAAACGGUGCGAAUGUGAACCGUCUAAAGGAUGAGCUGAAGGUUAAUAUAAACAUUGAGGAACGCGAAGGUCAAAACAAUAUUCGCAUCGAGGGUCCCAAAGAGGGUGUGCAACAGGCUCAGCUUGAAUUACAAGAAAAAAUCGACAAACUGGAAAAUGAAAAGUCAAAGGAUGUCAUCAUUGAUCGUCGCCUGCAUCGUUCAAUCAUUGGUGCCAAAGGUGAGAAGAUCCGUGAGAUCAAGGACCGCUACCGCCAGGUUACCAUCACGAUUCCUACGCCUCAGGAAAAUACUGAUAUUGUGAAAUUGCGUGGACCCAAGGAGGAUGUGGACAAAUGCCACAAGGAUCUGUUGAAACUUGUUAAAGAAAUCCAGGAAUCUUCGCACAUCAUUGAAGUUCCGAUAUUCAAGCAAUUCCACAAGUUCGUUAUAGGUAAAGGUGGUGCCAAUAUUAAAAAGAUUCGCGACGAAACCCAAACGAAAAUCGACUUACCCGCCGAGGGUGAUACCAACGAAGUGAUCGUAAUCACUGGUAAAAAGGAAAAUGUUCUGGAGGCUAAGGAACGCAUACAAAAAAUCCAAAAUGAAUUGUCCGAUAUUGUGACCGAAGAGGUGCAAAUCCCGCCCAAAUAUUACAAUUCCAUUAUCGGCACCGGCGGCAAGUUGAUUUCUUCCAUUAUGGAAGAGUGUGGGGGCGUUUCCAUCAAAUUCCCCAACAGCGAAUCCAAGAGCGACAAGGUCACCAUUCGCGGCCCCAAGGAUGAUGUUGAAAAGGCCAAGGGUCAGCUGCUCGAACUUGCCAACGAGCGUCAAUUGGCCUCGUUUACCGCUGAAGUUCGUGCCAAGCAACAGCACCACAAAUUCCUCAUUGGCAAGAACGGUGCUUCCAUUCGUAAGAUUCGCGAUGCGACGGGCGCACGCAUCAUCUUUCCUUCGAACGAGGACACCGAUAAAGAGGUCAUCACCAUCAUUGGCAAGGAGGAUAGCGUAAAGAAGGCCAAGGAGCAGCUAGAAGCCAUCAUCAAGGAGUGCGAUGAGGUAACUGAAGGCGAGGUUGUCGUUGAUCCUAAGCACCACAAACACUUUGUGGCCAAACGCGGUUUUAUUCUGCAUCGAAUUUCGGAGGAAUGUGGUGGUGUCAUGAUAUCCUUCCCCCGUCCCGGUGCAAAUUCUGACAAGGUAACGCUCAAAGGUCCCAAGGAAUGCAUUGAGGCAGCCAAGCAGCGCAUUGCCGAGAUUGUGGCCGACUUGGAGGCACAAACUACAAUCGAUGUUAUCAUACCACAGCGCCAGCACCGCACAAUAAUGGGCGCACGUGGAUAUAAGGUGCAGAUGGUAACAUCUCAGUAUGAUGUACAGAUCAAGUUCCCUGAUCGCGAUGCCACCGAACCGGUGGAGGGAUUGGUCAAUGGUGAAACUAAUGGCGUUGAUGGCGAGACAACCGAGGAACCUGUACGUCAAUGCGAUGUUAUUCGUAUCACCGGACGCAUCGAGAAGUGCAACGCCGCUAAACAGGCGCUAAUCGACCUUAUUCCUAUCGAAGAAGAGCUUAAUGUUCCUUUCGAUCUGCAUCGCACUAUCAUUGGGCCACGCGGUGCCAAUGUGCGUCAAUUUAUGUCCAAGCAUGACGUGCAUGUUGAACUGCCGCCCAGCGAACUCAAAUCCGAUGUAAUUAAGGUUUCGGGCACACCGGCUCAUGUGGCCGAAGCCAAGGAAGCGCUUCAGAAAAUGAUCGAAGACUAUGAGGCCGAUCGUGCUGAUCGCGAGCUACGCUCCUUCGUCCUGCAGGUGGAUGUCGAAACAGAGUAUCAUUCUAAACUCAUUGGACGGCAAGGCGCCGUUAUCAAUAAACUGCGCGCCGAUCAUGACGUUAACAUCUCGCUGCCCAAGCGCGACGAUCCUAAUCAGCGCAUUAUCACCAUCACCGGCUAUCAAGCCAAGGCGGAGGCCGCCCGCGAUGCCAUACUGGAAAUCGUUGGUGAACUGCAAACUUUGCACCGCGAAGUCAUCGAGAUUGAUUCGCGCAUUCACUCUCAUAUCAUUGGUCAUCGUGGACGAACUAUUCGGAAGAUCAUUGAUGAUUAUAAGGUGGACAUCAAAUUCCCAUCUUCAGACGAUGCUCAAAAUAAUCCGAAUGCUGUUACCAUCAUUGGCAAAGAGGAUGAUGUGGAAAAUGCCAAGGAGGCGCUCCUUAGCAUGGCCGAAGAUUAUGAGCGCGAUUAUUUGGAGAAUUUGCCACCAUCACCCCAGCCGCAGACUGUGGGCGCCUUCCUUGCCGGGGCCAGCGGUGGAAGUAACAACGAGAACGGUUUCAUCAUCAAGGAUGCACCGUGGGAGAAGCAGAAGCAACAAGCCAAGAACCUAACUGCGCCCAACACCCAAUCGCAGGAGGAUUUCCCGCAUUUUUCUGCGAGUGGUACCCCUGUAGCGGCCACACCCAUCACUUCCGUGUGGGGUCCAAAAAACUAAGUGCUCAAGUGGUUAGCAGCAGCAAUAUGGCAAUAUAGGGCGGGGAAUAGAACGGGUCUGGUGACAGUGACUGUGGCAGUGGCAGUAACGGUGGCGAGCAGCAGCAGGCGUGCGGACUCGUUAGUCGAAAACUAGUGUCAAAUGGUAUAGGUUGUCUCCUAGGAGCUUUUCUAUAACGCAACUUGUGCAGGUUAAAACUACCAUAAUUCAAAGCAAACAACUACAACUAUUUUUGUAUAAUUUGAUACAGAAGCAAAUCGUAAACACAACUACACACAACUACUCACACAUACAUACACACCCAAACACAUGAAAUUGCAUUUAUACGACAUAAAACAGACACUCUUAUAAUUUUCGCGCCAAGUUCUGUCCAACCCGCUGAUAUUCGCCGUGCCUUUUGUUGCUCCUCUUAAAACUUGAAUGCCAAGUUCUUUUUACAUAACCAUUUUUUAUUUCCAAUUAGUGAAAGACCCUUUAAAUUAAGCAAAAAGUUCAAUAACUAUUUUUGUCAAAGUGUUCAAAACUGAAUUGAGUUUGAUAUUUAAUGAAUGAAUUGCCGUCAUAAACGAAUUAAUUUUAAGCAAAAACAGUGUUAAAUAUUUACUCUCUCUCUCAUCGUUGCGUUAAAAUGGAACCUGUUAUUUUCAAUGUAUUUGCCCCACAACAUUUACAUAUUAAUUUUUUAAAAAGUAAAAAAUUGCAUGUUCUAACGUUUAUCUGCUGUUAAAUGUAUUGUAAAAACGUUUUUCAUUGUAUAGAGAAGGAAAGGACAUGCGUUGCAUGGGCAGAACACUACACGUGUAAGCUUAAAGUUGAAAAGUUAUAAACGCAGAUGAAAGGAAAUUAUUGAAUAUAAUGUUCAACUAAAAAUCAUAUUUUUAAUUAUAUUUACGCAUGUGCUUUGAAAUUAUUUCCCUAUCCGCACGCCUGCUCCUGCUAACCCUAACCAGCCUUAUCCACGAAACACACACCCAUACACAUUUCAAAAUGAAUUCAACCAUUUUAAUUUUGUGCAAUCUUUUUGAUUUAUAUUAAAUUGUUUUCAAUAUAUA